AUGGGCCUUGCAAUAAGUAAGCGUCGUCGUCGGCACCGCGUGACGCGCAUAGUCUCGCCUGGCGUGGAUCCAGACGCACUGCGCGCGCGCCUCGCCCCAUUAGAGAGGAACACGCCAUCCCCAACGGCCGGAUACCCGGGCCUCGACGCGUAUCCCAACAUCCUUGCCAGCAUCUCCGAACACGCGGACGCGCGAACACUCGUCGCCAUGGGCCAGGUGUCGCAUGCGGCGCGCGACGCGGCGCUCACUGCUGGCGCGACGAGGGUUCCGAACUGA